AUGGCAACACAUAUGUAUAUUCCCGGUUGUAUUAACACUGUCUUGUUAAUGGCGUCUAGAGUGUAAAAUAAAGCUAAACAACAAAAAAUAAAAUUUUUAAAAAAGAACACAGGAGAAAGUACACCAAACAUGCCUGGUACUGGUAACAUUGCUCCGGUUGCUGGUGCAACGACUGCCUCCACCUCAACUAAGCCUAAGUCAACGUUGCAUAUGAACAAAACUAUUCUGAAAACAGUUACAAUUUUUUUGGCAAGUGGUAAACGUAAUUCUAGUAAUCAGUCAAAAAGUUUUGAUACAACAUCACAGUUGAAACGGCGUUCGCGGAAACAAAAAAUGGACGAGUUGAGUGGUAAAAUUAAUCCAAAAUUACUGGAAAGUCUACGUAAGAAAACGAAAUUUACAAAAGAUGAAGUGGAUGCAUUAUGUCGUAUAUAUCGUAAACUGGUAUCAAAUUGUCAAUAUGCGGCAAAAACUUUAGCAGCUGGUUCAUCUACAGCUUCUAUAGCGAAACCACAUUCGACAAUAGAGCGCAACUUCUCGUAUCUGAUGCUGUUAUAUGCUAUGAUGCUAUUUCUGUUGGACCCUGCGUUCGAUUGGUGUGGACCUUCUCUAAAUCAUUUUCGGACGACCUCUUCGUAGCCUUGUGGUUUAUAUCGGAGUGCCAUAUUUGCGAUGUCAACUAUCGAUUUGCGUAGUGUUUGUUCUAUUCAGCCAAAUUCAGCCUUUAAAUGUUAGAAAUGAGGUUUGGCCAAAAACUUCUGAUGAUUUUUGCUGCACUUGUUCAGUGACGAACUACGUUUCACAUCCAUACAAAAGCACUGACAAAACGCAGGACUUAAAUAUCGUGAUUUUGGUUUCAACACUGUAAAAAUUUGAAGACCAUAUCUUAUUCAGUUUAGCAAGUGCGCCGAUCUAUUUCUUUAUUGCCGCUACAUUCGUUAAAGUAGCUCCUGUGAAGCUACUUUGAUCACUCUGUACUGAAAAUGAUGUUUAACAGAAUAUGUUAUUGCAAGUGUUUUAAUCGGAUGCAAUUUUUAUUCAUUCCCAAAAUUCAAUUCUUAUAUUUAAUUGUUAAGAUUUGGUAUGAACAUUUAUAGUAGCUCAGUCCUGUUCUUUUUUUUAUUAAUAUAAUUAUUUGUUUAACAUAUCUUGACAUCCUUUGUGCUUUUUUAGUUGUCGUAAAAGUAUAUUUUUGCACUGAAUUAUAACUUAAAA